CCAACAUGGCCAAUCCUUCGCCUGUCGACAGUUUUUUCGCGACGUUUACCGGCCUGAAAACAAUUCUCUAUCGAAAUAUAUCUCUGUUAACUGUUAUAAUAUUUCCUCUAGCAUAUCAAAUGAUCAUUGUAGAUUUUCUUAGCCAAGAACACAAGAGUGGAGCUUGUAACAAUACAGGUAAGCAGUUUCAAAUGUCUAUUUAAUUUUGCAUCCUUUUUUAUAUCUUCAUGAUCGCCUUUUUAUGGUUGAGAACCCCAAAGUCACUGAUAGCCCGUAAUUAGGUAAUUUUAUGAUAAAUGGCAGGGCGAUUUGGAUUUUCCUUUAUAUUCCCAAGGUGAGGAUUUGAUCUACAACCUUAUGACGUUUAUUAUUCACAGUGUGGUCAUAAUAUUCAAAACAUUGAAUUUGUCUUGUCGGCAGGUGUCCUGCUCUUGGGCUUAAGGAGUUUAUAGAAUUGUAUUCGCUGGCUACAAUGUAUAUAAUGUUAUAUUUCUUGCACAGAAAACUGUCUAAUGGCGAUGGGAACCAAAGACCCGAAAAAAAAUAGUAGUGGAAUCGGAGGAGGAACUAAGGUAUAAUUAAAUGUGAUAAUAUAUUAGAUGGCGAUUUUUAUUUUUUAUUUUGUUAUUUUUACUUUCUUAUUUUUUCAUGUUAAGUCGAUCGUUGUGAGGGCUAUUUUGUUUCAGGGCUCAUUUGUGUGUUAUUGUUCUCAGAUAUAAAAGCGUGUACCACUUUUUGGGUCGAAACGGGGCGGACAAUUCUUCUGUAAUUUGUAAACAGUUUAUUCACCGUCCUUUGUUCCAUUGUCUCUUGUGCGAUUUCUUUGUCGUCUGUGACCCAAAAAUAUUACAAAACUAUUUGCAUAUUAUAAUGUAGAAACCAAUUUAAAUUGAUAUUGUAAAAUUUUAACGAAAAUGUUAUGUUAGAAAAUUACGUGAGCUGAUACAAAAAUAGUUGCAUACCCUUGGACAUCGAGUGACAGCGGUUGUCAAAUAAAAACACGCGACUACUUUCACUCACGGUCAAAGUUGUAUGGUCGACGUCAAUGGUUAAAAUAAGAGUCGCUUAAACUAUUUCAGUUCGCCUUCAGGAUUUCGACACCGUAGGGCAAACAAAUGUGGGCAAUCUCAGGCUCGAAUAAAACUUAAAUAAACGUGUUUUGUGCACCUACAAAUAUAUUUGUUAAUAAUACAGAAAUCUUAAUCACCUGCACGUGACUGUCACAAGGGUUAAUACAAAACCUAAUGUCUACCGUGACAAGUGAUGUUAAAAAUGUUUAAACUUGUCUUAUCACACCAUUGCUGUCCGUAUUCUUAAGCUCCAAACCAUUUACAAUUUUCCAUCACUGCUGUUAAAAGUGUGCUCCUGGUUGUUCAUGUUUUGCUUAUUACACCAAUUUGUCUUUUCGACCUUCUCGUUGCCGUCGCCGUCGUAGUCGCUAAAGCUCCCUAGUGAUGAUGACGAUGAUGAUGAUGACGAUAACAAUGACGGCGAUGAUGAAGACGAUGAUGAUGAUGGUGUAGCCUGUUCCAGGCUCCGAGAUAGUGGUGAAAAGUCGUUCAGUAAAAAGAAAUGCGAAAAACGCGCGGGGGCUGGGGAGAGACCGGGCUCUCUCCCAUUUUUAGCUAUUUUUCUGGCCGCCACCACCCCCUUUCCCAAGCAGCGCGCGUCUUAUUUUCGCCCUGGCACAGGCUAAUGAUGGUGAUGUUGAUGAUCUCUUUUUCAGACCAGUCCCCUUUUCAAUACGAGGCAUGUGUUAGAAAUGUCAAAUUACAUAGGAAUGAUGAUGGGCUCCAUAAUAUUGUGUCUAGUGGCGGACGCUAUUGGUAGACUGAAGACUCUGUUUGCAUGUCUUCUCAUUGCUUUUAUUGGAGGUCUGUCCAGCGCAUUUGCUUUCGAUAGCCUGGUAAAUUUCGCCAUCCUACGUGGAGUUGUUGGAUUUGCAGCAGGUAUGUCGCUCACCUGUUUAGCAUUUUUAAACAUUACCGUGAGCUCCGGGAUGUAAUUUAUGCUCACUGUAGAAAUCGAAGGUUUUGUAAUGAUCUUACCAUUUAAACGGAUAACGAAGAUGACGUUUUAGGCCAUGUUUGCACUAUGCCAUAUAGCUUUUGCGCCGGCGCGAAAAUCAUACCGGAUAGGGCUUCUGUUCACACAUAAGAGCGGUGAUUUCGGCGCGAUUUCUGUAACGAAGCGAAGCUGCGCCGCGCCUAUCGUUGGAGCGUCACAUCUCGGAUAGGCUGCCACACUUUGGUGUAGUGCGAACAGGUAUUUGGACCGUAGCAGCAGUAAAUAAAUAAGAAAGGGGAAUGCAACCCACUGACACGGAAAUAUUCUGGAAUGAGGAUUGGGAUUUAGUUCACCAAACCCUCCUGGCCAACCGCUCCGGCAGGAUGUUCGAUGUGUGGGAACGACUUGUUCCAGUUAUAUGCCUUAGGUGUUUACACUAUACCGGAUAGGUUCCCCCCCGGGGGGGGGGGGUACUUCCUAGUAAUAGGCUAAUGGGUAUGUGCCGUUGGAUGGAGUCGCAUUUUCACGACUGAAUUGACUAUUAUUAGGAUUGCAUAUUUGUAAGAGUUACUAGAAGAGGGUCCUCAAUGGGGUGGUGGCUUUUACGGUUAUCGGCUAAAUUUUUGGCUCUUUUACGGCUAUCGGUUAAUUUUUUCCAGUUACGGUUAACGAGAAAGUUAAAAAUUAACUUCUUUUGUUUUAAAUUAGUUAAAUAUUAAUUAACCCGUACUUUUUUUGUAUCUAAAUCCAAAUAAAGGUCUUCGGAUCAUCUCGGAAUGAAAUUCUUUUGAAAAAUUUUAACAUUUGAUAGAUCAAACUUUUUAUAAAGUAUUCCACUUCUAAUAUUAUUUUACACAUAGAAAUGUCAAUAGUCAAUUUAAAAAAAAUCUUUGUGAAAAAGCAAAAGCAGACACGCAAACGCCCAACUCAAGGGCGGGGCGCGACAUUCAUCAUAACAGAAAUGGCCGUUUUCACACUAGAGAAGGAUUAUUCGUGUGAGACGGGUUAUCCGUUUGAUGAUUCGCGUCAGAUAGGCAAUACGUCUUAAUUUGAAAAUGGAAUAGUUUUAAUUUUGAAUGAACAAUCCGCCUGACUUUUGAAGACGGGAUUAUCCGUUACAGAUAGCCUGUGUACAGCCGCCCCCUCCCCCCAGGAAAAAUCGGAGAAGGGGUGUCUGUGGGGAGGGCGCGAUUGUACACAGGCUAGUCUCAUACGGAUGAUCGAUUUCUAGCUCUAGUGUGAAAAUGGCCAAUAACAAAAUCCUGUGUCCGAUGUUUUUAAUGAUAGCGAAGGACUGUACGGAACGACUGUCUGCCGUUGCCUUGUCCGUAGGCUGCAUUAUUCCGCGCGGCUAAUGCGUUUCGGGUCACGUGGUCCGAGCGAGUUCUCCACCGAAAUGCCUUGACCGAGAUUGCGUGGGAAGACGCCGUACAGGGCCUAGGCAUAAUGUCUACCGUAGCGUCAGAGAAAAACAAGGAAAUGUUGUUUAUCGGCAACGUGUUUUACAAACAGUGACAUCUCUGCGUGUUGUUUCACUAGUGUUUCGAGAGCACGACCUCCAGAAAAUUUCAAAUUUUAAUCCCCAGCAAGAAGCCACACUUUCGCUAUAGAAAAAAUUAGUUCCCCGAGAGAGCGCCGGAAAAGGAGCCUAAGUCUUGGUUAACAUCUAAAAUGCGCUUCGCCUAACGUGCGUACGGAGUCACACCGUAGUCGGGAAAUAAAAAACGCAACCAUAAGUGAGUUUAGCACCUUCCUGAAAAGAAGCAAAUCUAGGUAACAAUUUCCUUUAUGGUUAACUCUUUUUUACCCUAUUUACGGCUAACGGUUAAAAUUUUUCAAUUUUUACGGCUAUCGACUAAAUUUUUGGCCGUUUUACGCCUAUCGGUUAACCCCAUUGAGACCCUCCUAGAAUGGGGUCGCACAUUUCAGGAUUUUUGGGGUCAGAAAUUCAGGUAUGUAAGGAUUUCGAAGUAGAAAGAAUUACACAUAAUUAAGUUUAACAAAUGUGUCACUUCACUUCAGGAUGACCAAGUUAAAAGACUUUAUAAGGUAGUUGCAUAAACAGAAAGUGACUAAGUUGGGAUUACGAAAAUUACUUUUUUCCCAAAGUGACUAAGAUGGAGUCUAUAAUAUGACCACAGAAUAGACUAUAAUGGGGUAGGGGUUCUGAGAGGCCAGCGGCACAUACCCAGCAAAAAUGAACCCAAGUAAUCCCCCUGGGAGGUUUUCUUUCGUGUCGGCACGAAAUGCUAUCCAGUAACAGUGGUGGAUCAUACGGGGGCGGUUAUCCAGACCCUUAGAUAAGGGGGUGGCCCGGUCUCAAAAAAAAAUUUUUUCGACCCUUCGGGCCUCAGUUUGGUCUAAAAAUAAGCGGGGGUCCCUCCCUUGGAUCCGCCACUGGGUAUAGUGUGAAUAUAGCUUUAUUUUCCUUGUCACCUCCUCACCUGUCAUUUCUGCGUGGUCAUCCGAGCCACAAUCCAUUGGCAGAUGAAAAGUAGCUGAAGUAGUGCUUUCGUUCAAAGUUCUCUGCGUUGUAAGUCCGCCGGCUUUAGGGAAUCGAACUGCGGCCUCCCGCUAUGCAGAGGUUUACCAACUAAGCUAACUCUUGUCGAACCAACUGGGUUUUUUUUGUUUGUUUUGCUGUUUUUACUUGUUUGACUUUACGUAUACUAAACAAAUCCUGCGAAAGCAGCUAGAAGAGUACUACCACACAAAGGAAAAAACGAACAUCAUCGAAAAUUACCAAAAAAGGGAAAAAAUUGAUUGAGGUGUAUAUUAGAAUAACUAACUCAAUUAUUUUGUGUUUUCUUUUCUGAAAAAGGAGGUGCCUUUCCAGUCUUGUUUAUCCUGGCGGCUGAGUACGUUAGUCCAAAGGCACGAGCUAUUGUUUUAUCUAUUUUGUGGGCAGCCACCACCCUCGCUAUAAUGUCGUUAGCUGGCGUUGGCUACAUUGUUGCGAAUCGUCGAAAUUUAAUGCUGAGCAUGACACUUCCAAUCUUACUUGGUAUUUUGCUAUUGAAGUGAGUAAUUCUACAAUCCAGCUCCAUACACACGUCUUCUAUCUCCACUUUUCUUUUAGUUUCAUAUUCAGAUUCAGAUUCGGAUUUUUUUAAACGUUAUUAUACAACUAUUAUUGUGUUCUCGAAUAACGUGGAACUUUUAUUCUCCCCAGGAUUCUUCCCGAGUCGCCUCGAUGGGUCCUUCUUCACUCAGCCUCAAGUAGAUGUACGAGUGAAGCGCAAGGUCUGUUAGAGAGAGCUGUGACUGAGGAUCAGAGGCAAACUUCUAAAUACCGAGAUUUUUUGUCCUUGUGGGAAAAGUUCUACUUGCCACCUAAAUCAGGCGGAACGGGCUGUUUCACUUUUCUUCGUCUUAAGGAACCUCGGAAAACAACCAUUGUUCUGGGGUUUGCUUGGUGAGUUAGGGAGCGUCAGUUUUGUACAGAUACGUUUACAGUUUACAGUAGAUUUUACUAAGCACUCACUAGGUGGGUGGGAAUGUUCUGAUAAACAUUCCAUGUAAUCAACCACGUCUUGGUGAACCGUCGUUGCAUAGAUGUUUUGCUUGUAGUUUGCUGGAUGUAUAUGGUGCACGCUCUAACUAUGUCGACCAGGUUCAUGUGAACAAGUCUGACAGGUUGUGUUGUAACUGAUAGUAAUGAGUUGUAUUUCAGUUCGCUACAACCAGCUGCAACAUGGCUUGAGGCACUGUAACUUGUUAGGCCCCCAAAAGGUGUUUAUCAGCUGUUAAUCAGACGUUCCAUGUUUCCUCCCCAUCUCUAGGCUCGAUUUCCGCUGUCCUGUUGGUCCUCCCCGAGAAUAGACAGGGGAGGGAGAGUGCGGGCUCAUUUCCCAAACAUCGGCUGGUAAUCGAGCCUAGCCCAUCUCCCCUUUUAUCAAAGUUGCAAGGAUCCAAGAAAUGCAAUGAUAACUUAAAACGGGGGAAGGGGUAGAGAAUCCCUUGUAUUUCCUCUGAGGGCAUGGAGCGAAAAAGUGUUCUUUUUUGGCAGGACUGUCUCAUCCAUUUGACCCUGGUAGUAGCUGUCCUUUCGUUAUCCACUGGGAAAUUUAACACGGUUACCAGCCUAUCACCGGUGUUCGUUUGGGAGAGAUUUCCGCCCCCCUGGGGAGUCAACUGUUGCUUUUCUCAAGUAUUUAUAUUCUUUUUAUCUUUCCAGGUUUGCUGUAGGAAUGUUGUUUCGUGGAUUAAACACGAGCCUCAUUCAGCUGCUAAGUAAUUUCUACGCUAACUUCGCUGUUCGUGAACUUGUAAAUCUUUUUGGUUAUGCUGUUUUUCUUGUCUUCGUUACUUGGUAAGUAUUGCCAGUCCUUUUUCCAUCUCGUUUGUUACAUUUAUUAUUAUCAUUAUCAAUAUCAUCAUCAUUAUCAUUAUCAUUAUUUAUAUUAUCAUAAUCUUUAUCAUUUUCAUUGUUAUUCUUUAGUUAUUUACUCGUUGCGGCCGAAACAAGCUAUUAGAGAGCUUUAGAUGCUGAGACGAGGACGACUGCGAGUACGAGAUUUUCUCAAUGCUGAGUAUUGCUCACGCGUGAACCAGCAUCAUUUUGGCGGGAAAACGUGAUAGCCGUCGUGAUUCUACUACGAGUUUUACCGAGAAUGUCGCUCUAACGGAAACAAGUUAUAAAGUGUUAAAUGUUUUAUCAUUUUGCGGCCUGGAGAUAUGAUGGCUUAAGCUACUUCAGUAAAGAUAACAGUGCUAAUUUUUUGGUGAAAAAGAAGUGCAAGGAAGCUUUCAAGGGUGUCUAUAAUUUGAGAAUACGCAAGAAAACUUUAGGUCAAAUCUCGUACUCGUAGUCGUUCUCGUCCUAGAAUCUAAAGGUCUCUAUUGUACCACUGAAGGGUCAGGCAGUAAGACAAAAGGCACAGGAUAACCAGUUCGUUAAGGAAUUAUGUGUAGGUUUUAAAAAGAGUGAUUGAAAGAAAUGUGCGCCUGUCACCCUUGGAAACGUCCUAAAAAUGUAUUAUUGGGAGACGAAGAAUGGCAAUUUUUGUGGACUUGAUAGCAUUUUCUUUGUAAAAAAGAAAAUACAGUCGAACCUCCCGUAAGUGACCAUCCAAAAUGCAAUGGCUUGGUGGUCGCUUAUGAGAGUCGGACCGCAAGGGCAAAAUUUUUAAGUCGACCUGGAGUGGAAUAUUUAUUCCACAAAAAUAAUGAAAGUGUACUUUCCCCUGCCAAUUACUGGUAGUUUUAUUCACAAAAUCAUUAGCUAUUCUAUGUGACAGUUCAUUUACGGAAGUGCACUUAAUUAGAUAACGCGCGCUAUAAAUUUGUGGAUAAAAAAUUGUACUUAAAUAAAGUGUACGUGACUUCUUGUACAGAAAUGUCCCUAAAACGUCUGAAGAACAAAAACGUUACUUCUUAAACUGAACCCUGAAAAUCUGAGUCUUUUUCCCAAGAGUUAUGGUUAGUAUUGUAGUUAUAAUAUAAUAUAAUAAUGUAAUUAUAAUAUUGUAGUUAAACCCCUUGAAUUAGUCACCAGUGCCAAAUUGCUAGGCGUGACCAUUAGCCACGAUUUAAAGUGGAACAUGCAGACCUCUGAACUAAUUAGAAAAUGUUCCUCUCGUCUCUACUUUUUACGUCAACUCAAGAGAUCCGGAGUGGCACCAAGUGAACUGGUGCAAUUCUAUGUGACAUGUAUUAGGCCCGUCCUGGAAUACGCAAGUCCUGUAUUCCAUCGUUCUCUACCAAACUGCAUCAGUGAAGAUUUGGAACGGAUCCAAAGAAGGGCAUUCAGAAUCAUCUAUCCUGACCUGUCAUAUAGUGUAGCACUAGAAACAGUUGGCCUACCGAAACUUCAUGAGAGGAGAGAAAAGAUUUCAAUUGAUCUGUUUGACGAGAUCGUCUAUAACCCCACCCACAGUCUCCAUAGCCUCCUCCCCCAAAGGAAGAGUUGUAAAUAUGCACUGAGACGCAAAAGUGAUUUCACUCUCCCCCUAUGUAAAACCGAGCGUUUGAAGAAAAGUUUUAUUUUUAGCCAUGUCUAUAAGACGUAGAUAAUUUUCUUAUUUUCUCUUUCUUAUCAUCAGUAUUUGUAAAUAUCCCGUAAUUCAGCCUAUGGCUGCAAUGGUGUUUAUAAUAAAGUAUCUAUCUAUCUAUAGAUCGAACUAAUAAACACAGUAAUAGAUGUGUAGACAAUAGUGGAAGCCAAAGAACAGGGUGAAAGAAUAUAUUCCUUUUUGUCCAUUUUAACAAUGUACUUCACUGUUUAGUAAGACCAUGUGUCAAGUGGUCGCUUACUGGAGGUUGAAAACAAUAGAAAAUUCUAAAACUGUCAGCCCAAAAAGUGGUCGCGGUCGCUUACAGGAGGUGGUCGUUUACGAGAGGUUUCAGUGUAAGUCUUUGACUGAGAACAUUUGGGAGGUGGUCGCACAUGGAGGUUCGACUGUACGUUCAAAAAGGACAGACGGGUUUAAAACCUUCCUGCUGGGCUAUUUGCCUCUUUAGACAGCAAGGUGUUUCACUUUUAUAUUUUGCUUUAUUUUGCAGGUUUGAUCGUCGUGUGUGUACCGUCAUCUCCAUGAUUCUAGCAGGCGUCUUCUGUUUGAUAUUUUCCGUUGCCUCCGUUGCAUUUUUAAAAGCAGGUAUUGAUUAUGUUAGUGCCAAGUGUUGACUUUAACCCUCGGACGUACAAGCAAAGUCAUACCCCCACCGUGGUACAAGGGGGGGCGUGGAUGGAACCCCUCCCCGGAGUUUUUGAUAUGUUGCAGUAUUUUGAAACGAUUUAACGUUUAGUGGAAAGCCUUUGAUCUUCUUAACAAGAUGAGGUAUAUUUUUUGGGUGGUGACGCUGCUGGAGGCCUGUGACGUCACCAACAAUGGUCGCCAUCUUGGCCGCUAUCUUGGAUUUUACCAAGAAUUAGAAAUCAGGUUAAAACCGCGAGAAGUGGUAAUUUUUUGCGCUUUACAUGAAAAAUAACACAUAAAUAAACACUUUGCAUGAUUUUAGCCACACGAUUUACUUUCAUUGUUGAAAAAAGUUGAAAAAACAUGUACUUUCACUCAAAAAUGGCUUGACCACCUGCUACUUAUGACGUCAUAUCUCGUAACCAUAGAAACGGACCAUCACUAAACUUGUCUCAAAAUGCGCGCGAGGGAUGAACGAACGGCUACUGAAAACGUCAGAUGCUGAUAUUUUAUCCUCUAGGAAAAAUCUCAUAAAACGAACGAGGGUUAAGUAGUUUCGAUCUCUCUCCUAAUUGCACUUUGAAUGAAAUUUAAAACUAUAGUCGAACCUCUCCUCGACGGCCAACUUCGUGGCAGAGGUAGUGGCCACUGUGGAGAGUUUUAAACGACAGUGAAGAGGUAUAAGUAUUAGAAACAAGAGAGGAACCGGAGCCAAAAUGCUCCUUGCAGUUGUUUUCUGGGGUCGUUACCGGGGGGCGCCGGUCAGCUAUUGGCCAAUUUUUUCCCUUUCGUUAGUAACAGUCCAGACGUCUGCGGAAGUUAACUUGGUCCAGUUUUUUAUUUCGACAACAGAGGAGAGGGCCCAUGCAUACCUUAAAACCGAGCUGACCAAUGACCAGUAGGAAUCAAAGAAAGACUAUCGUCAACUCGUGGGAACGUUGUUUAGCAAAUAAUCAAAUGGUUAUCAACUCUGGUUUUCCCACAGUAAAUUGUAGGAAAUGAUAGAAAUUCAGAUUGUUUAUCCAUGUACAAUAUAUUUAAUGUACUAUCUUUGCUCUGGAAACACAAUACUUUUCUUUUUGUUUAUUGCACUUUAUUUAAUAACAUUUAUUUAGGUAUAUAUUUAUAGAAGAACAACAAAACAAAUAAGCAAACAAAACAAGUCUGAGCAGCGAACGCCCAACGAUGCACUCUCUCAGCGAAGAAUUUGAUCCCACCGAACUUCGGAGAGCGCAUGCUUCUUCGGAAACGAUAGAUCUUCGCACUCUCGAGUUCGGACCCGAUUAAUUACGAAGUCCGUCUACUACGAGUGAGCGAGUGACUCAUUUGCAUAUCUCUGUCCCUGCAAUAACUCGUGGUACGCUCACGCGUCCCCACGAGUUAAAAAGGGCAAAUUUAGCGCCGAAAGUCGGAUUCGGUCCUUUCCGCGCGCUUUCUUGCUCUGUGUUAACGUUGCAUUGUCUUGGCUUAAUCUGCCUAUUUAUCCGCCGGAACGAAACACAAAAGCCGUUGUGGAGAGCUGUUCGUUUAGUAGAGCUGCCACUGUUUAUGGUGGCAGUUAAAAUAAAUUUUCUCUGAAUAAGCUUUUUACACAGCUGCCUUACUGUUUUUAACAGCGUAGUGCAAUAGCUGUCAUCUUUUACUACCAUUGGAACGCAAAGGCGGAGAAAUAGGCUUUGUUGCACAAGGGAACUUUCAAAAACUUCUCUUCUAAAGGCCCGUUUACACAGACUCUGUUUUCUUACUAUUCUUGAUGCGAUUGUAAUUGCCCGUGUAACCUAGCGGCGAUUUUAUGGUGAUUUCAUGGGGAUUUAUCGCUGCCAAAUCGCCGUUGUUUCGAACCUCAAAUUUUUCAUGCCAUUUGGUGGCGAUCAUGCGGUGAAGAAACCUACAUUAGAGGACCCUCAGGGUGUUUCGUUUAAAUGGCGUGCGCCCUACAUUACAGCACUGCACAAGGAUCGGCAGCCUCGUCUACAAGUCAGUACAUGCUAGAGUGAGCCGAACGGGAUAGCCAAUUCUCCCAACAAGCUUGAUAGCUGAAGGCACAUCGAUCCGAAAUCGCCGAGGACGACAGGGGACGAGGCUGAAAGAUCAGUAAAUCCGGUAAAUCGAAAAAAAAAGAUCGCCACCAGUACUCUCCGGAGAUCUGAAAAUGCGUCUGUGUAAGUAGACUAUAGUAAGGGGGUUGGUGUCGUACUAAGGUGGCCGCAAGAAAAUAAGUGACAGUGUGCCCUCCCUUAUGACCUAUCCUGUGUGUGCAGACCCCCCUCCCCAGUGCCCUCAGCAAAAACCAAUUUUUCCUGAGGGGAAGGGGGGUCUAUACACAGGCUUUUUCUGACCAUAUGUUGUUUCAUUCUCGAUUAUCUAUAUUCUGCUUCACAGCCGUUCUUUGAGUCGUCGCGCAACGAUCGAAAUAAAGAACGGGUGUGAAGCGACUAGAUUAGGGACCUUAAGAUCCGACGACGGCGACGGCGGCGGCGAGAACGUCAAAAAAGCAAUAGGUUUAAUUACCAAAACAACAAUUUUGCACGUGCAUCACGCUCUUUUGUACAUUCCUUUGCCGUCACUGCACGACUACGACCUGAAAAUGCCCAAUUUCACGUUGUACAGAGGACGUACAUAAGCGACGACGAAAUUUCCUCUCUCUAUCCGUGAACUUGGAUAUGGUUCUUAGGAAUUCAAGGUUAGGGGAUCCACCUGCAUUUGACAAAGUUAGUGACCUGGAGUAAUCGCGAUGAAGAUUAACAGAACGGGAAUUUACUUUUUCGGCGACGUUUUCACUGCCGUCGCCGUCCUCGGAUCUAAACGUCCCUAUUAACUCCAGUUUCACCCCACUUUAGAGCAUGGCACCGUCGUAGCUGUUAUUCAACUCAUCGGCCGGCUAUGUGUAAUGGUGUCCCUCUCUUCACUCAGUUUGUAUUCCAUUGAACUCUUUCCAACGGUGGUCAGGUAAUUACUGUAUUUUGUUUUAAACAAUUCACUGUAAAAAGUAAGGGUUGCGUCGUGGUUAGAGCACUCUACAGUUCCCCACCAAUGUGUUCUGGAUAUUCAUAGUUCCAAGGCGACGGUUUGUGUGAUAUCUUAACGAUUUUACCGACCUAAUACCGGGAUGUAAAUGUAAAUGUAAAUAGUUUUGUGAGCCUGAGAAUAAAGCCGCCUAUCAUCAAGGAAAGUUUUGCCAAAGAGACGUCGGCGUUGUGGCCCAAAGAAUUCCUUACUGACGACGUACUUCUGUCCAAAAUCUGGUCAGGAGCUCUGAUUGGUUGACGUAGUAGUUUUACUCAUUCAGCUGUUCUUUGCAAAUUACAGACAAAAACCAAAUGGUCACAACGAUCAAGUUUACAGCGCGCCGAGCUACCAAGACACAGUUAUUUCCUUAGGCUUCACCAAAUUCGUAGCAGAAAUUUUACAAAAAUAUCGAGAGAUAGAAAAAAAGACUUGGCCAAAUUUACAUCUGGAACCCCACUUCUUCAAGAUUGAAAAUGUAAACAUUGAUUUACCUCAGUAUGGAAUUUUUUGAAGCCGAAACGCAGACGUCUCUCUCGCGAUUGAUCCCAGCGACGGGGAGCGAUGAGAGGAGGCUGUAUCAGCAGGCUAUUUUUGUUGUUGUUGUUGUUGUUGUUGUUGUUUGGCUAUCACAUUCUACUCCUCGCAUUGAGUGGUUUAAUCCAUGCUCCAUUUUUCCCUCACCUCAAGAAGAAAUUGAUCUAGAUCAAGCAAACACGCGUUAGACUAUUGUAGUUCUCAGGAGUUUUUGUGGACAACCCAAUUAUUGUUGAAAAAUAUUAUACAUAGAUGCGGUGUAUCAGUGUUAUAAUGUAUCAGUGAAUAUACUCAUAAAGUAAAGACAAAGAUAGGCUACAAAAUUCAACAGGAAAUUUUCACAUUCACGUCAUGUUCCUACAACAAUUCAAUUUUACUUUCUUAAUUAAAUGUAGUAAUUCCAGUGAGGUUUUAAUUCUUCCACCAGUCCCCCCCAAAAAUCCUGAAGCAUGUUGGUACUGAGUUCUAGUAGAAUGACAUCAUGGUCACUUAUGGCCUAUCGCUUGUUUUGUAGGUGUUCCGCAAUGGGACUGGCGACGAGUUUUGCAUACGUCGGAGCAGGCUUGGCUCCGCUGAUCAUGACGAUUGAACGGUUGCCUCAUCCAGUACUGCCGCUGGGCAUCAUGGCAUGCCUGUGUUUGACCACAGGACUCUUGUGUCAUUUUCUUCUUCCCAAGACCAAAGGCUCUACAGCGGAAACAUUUGAAGAUGGCUCGGAGUUGUCACGAUUCAAGAGUUGGAGUCCAAAGACUUACAGAAAAAUAGCUAAAACUAGCGAAUCGGGGGCUCAUAGUUUAGAAAUGGUUGAAAACAAUGUUACUGAUGAAGACAACGAUGAGUUUGCGGUGAGAUUUCUUUACACGCGAACGCUUUAAAUAGAUCUGAUAGUUGUUUUCGCUAGCACACGUGUGAAGCAACGCCUUAUCGCUUCCGCCAUGAAGGACAUUUCGCUGUCUCUUUUACGAGGGAUCUUCCUUAGUUGUGACCGCGUGAAAGUGGCCACACGACCGAUGAAUAAUAUGCUGGCUUCCUUUACGAGGAGUUUUAAGCAAACUCGACCGAAGAAUGCCCAAGGGUUUAGUUGCCGGAAAGCGCGUCUCUGUAAUAUUUAUUACGUUUACAAUUUGGUACAUUUAUCAGUCUUCCUUUCAGGAAGCAAACAAUAUCAAACCAUGAAAUGUAAGAGCAUGAAAGUUUUCUGUUAGCAAGCCGUUCUACCUUCCGUUGAAUUCAGCUCCGGAAUGGUUAAUCUCGAUAAUGGGUCAACAUGAGAAGAGUUUGAAAGAACAUAAAUUAAGUUUGCAGUUCUUUUGUGAAUUCUCUAACUGUAACGUAAACCAACUUUCGCUUUUUUUUCAGGACCUUCGUCAAAGCUGGGAAGUUUCGUUUGAUAGAGUUUCUCGCGCAUCACAAUGGGAGGUGAGUAUCUUCUGGUGCGAGUGGCGAUGCAUCUUUAGCUAAUUGUGUGCCCGGAAACAGGUCAUUUCGCCUACAAUUCUUAAGGUAACUGAUGGACCUUAGAUGUGUAGGCGAAACAACUAAGAGAUAGUAGACGAAUCGACCUCAGUGUAGGCGAAACGACCGACAUUCGUGUACCCCAGUACCCUGGGCCGAGUUGUUCGAAGCUGGGUUAAGAUAACCCAGGGUUAUUGCGAGAUUUGAACUCAGAUUUGAAAGCUUAAAAAGUAUUUUAGUUUUAAUUCUUUUUGUCUGCAAGUUGAUGAUUGGAAGCUCUAAAAAUAACAGAGAAAAUUAUCUGAGAAAAUGCUUUUGAACACAAGAAAAAGAAAUCAGAGUUAAUUUUAACCCUAGGUUAAGCGCUAAUCGGCCUUCGAACAACUGGGCCCUGGGUGCCAGAGUCGGCCUAUGGUCGAGGAUGCUCCUCGCCGCAAGCGAGAAAAACCCUCUAUUACCCAAGGAAUUAAUGACCGAUGAUGAUUUGUUUUUAAUUACUCCUUUUAACAGAUGCUGACUUACGAAGAUGCUAAAAGGAGGUAAGUUAAAUUAGAGAAGCGAAACGGUAGUUUUAUUACGGUGGCCGAGUGCCACAGCUUCACAAUAUAAAACAAGGCUGUCUCUUCAAGUAAUAAGCCUAUGGUUUUAAAAUUCAUUUGAUCUCGUCUUCAGAAAUGCGCCUUCCGCGUAGAGAACCGCCUUCUCCGUAGAAAUGAGCCUCCUUCAGAGAAACACACUUUUUCCGUGGAACUAUAAAACCUCCAUAGUAGAAAUGAGGGUUUCCUGAAGAAAUGAACCUCCUCCGUUAGAAAUAAGUCCUUAACUCCUGUACCCCAACUCGCCCAACCAGUAAUUUCAACGCUACAACUAUUUUAUUAAAAUAGGGCGAGGAUUUGGAGAACAGGGAGGCACAUCCCCACUAAGAACUCCCAGGGAUACCCCUCGGGGGCUAUCCCUUCGUCGGAGUUAAACCUGUUGUCUCAUCACAAUCAAUCAAUCAAUCAAUCAAUCAAUAAUUUAUUUACCCACGUUAACGUCAAAGCGCACAAGUGCUCGUUCAAAAUACGAACGUGCAAAUAUCAAAGACCUUCAAGUUCGUCGAAAAUAUUUAACUACUAAUCUUCUUUUCAACAGUGUGCGAUAUGUCAUAAAUCACUGUCUCCUUUUUGAUAUAAUGCUUUUUCAUAAUUCUCUCUUUUGCCCUGUAGGUCGGCUUGCUCAAGUACAGUAGAACAGUCACUCGACGAAUUAUCCCAUCUUUUAACAGAGGAAGAUAUUGAUAAGGUAUCAAUCAUUUACGACUUUUACAUAUUUUGAGCAAUAACAAUUUGCCGUCUGUUCUCUUUGGAUAGACUAUUUGUUUUGCAGUGUGGUCUGAAUCGCUGUAUUCUCCUUCUCGUGUGGUAAUACAUGGUGGACUGUCAUGUUCUGAACUAUAUAAUAAAAGCUUAUGUUCUCUGGGAUUUCGUUCAGUUUUACUUGGAACAUACCUGCCCAUUUGAGGUGGGUUACAAACGAGUUGCCCUCGUUUGUAACGAGGGUGCCAAUUCCACAACCCUUGACAGAUGGGAUAUGGUUACUACUUUGCUAUGUUACUUUCUUUAAUUGUUAUUUUACAUAUCACAGUUCAAGUGUUACGAGACGGGGCCUACAAUUUUCCUUCUUCAUCUGAGAAGACUAUAAAUUUUAACUAAUUGCAAAACCAGAGCGAAGGCAGCGCAUUUUCCUCAGUUAUCUCAAUUGCGACCCUUGAGGCAGGUGCGGCCGAGAACGCGGGCUUAUCUCGCCCUAGUUGCUCAAAAGGUGGAUAGUGCUGUGCAUCGAAUAAAUUACUAUCCAUUGGUAAGGGACCGGUAAUUAUUUAUCGCCUGGGGGGGAGAAUUUUAGGGGGGAUCACUUGAUUUUUGGUAGAAAAAAAAGGGAAAUCAGUCGUAACUGAGAACCCAAAAGGGGGGAUCGCUAAAAACUUUGGAAAGACUCAGAGGGGAGACCACUCAAAUCUGCUUGGAAAAUUAAGACAUUGGAGGGGGGAUCGCAAAAGUUAUCAAAAGUUGUUAGGGGGGAUCACUUUAGUGAAGUAGCAUUCAAAGGGGGGAUCGGCUGAAUUUCAUCUUGUUCAGCGCAAAAUCCCCCCCCCCCCCCCCAGGCGAUAAAUAGUGACCGGCCCUUUAGCGCAAUUGGAUUUCAAAAUACCUAUCCACUGAGAGAAUGCGGGCUUAUCUCGCCCUAGUUGUUCAAAAGGUGGAUCGUGCUGUACAUCGAACAAAUUACUAUCCAGUGGUUAGCGCAAUUGGAUUUCAAAAUGCCUAUCUGGUGGAUAGCGCUAUCUGGCCUGUUCUAGGCGUUUAGAUAGUGGAGUGCGGCGUGAAGGAGUCAAAGAGUAGGGGAAAAUAAGGAGGAUGAGACGGGGGUAGGAGUGAACUCCUUCACUCUUACCCCCUGCGCUACCCCUUCGCUGUUUAUCCUGCUAACAUCUUUUUGCGUCGUUCACACAAUCUGAACUGGAACAGACUGAGCGCUAUCAAACGUUUGAAUAACAGGAGCCAAAUUUCUGCUUGCAAGUCCGCACAUGUCUUACCUUCUUUUAAUCAUUUUCUUUUAGCUUUCACGGCAUGUCCCAUCAUCCACCUGGAUACUGGUCUAUAGUACAAAUCAACAUGGUAUGAGCCUGAAUAUGCUCUAUCACAGGCUGAGAGACUUGGAAACUCCUGUCCUUUUGGUAGUAAAGGAUCAAGAGGGAUUUGUAAGUGAGCUCUAUUUAUAUAGUGUCAUUUGGAACCGAUUUUCGUGUUAAUCAUAACUAUAACAAAUUCUCAAAUCUGAUUGGCUAUCAACUGACAGUGUAACAGAACAGUGUGCGUGAUGCCUUAGUAAUUGGACAGUACGCGCCAUCGCGCGCACACUUAAAUAGCUUUUUUUUCACUGCUGGGCAUAAACUCUCGGAAUUUACUGUAUUUUAAUUUUUAAAAAAGCCUAAUUAAAAUAUCACAAAUUUUGUUGUAGCUAUGAUUAAUUGGUAAAAGAACUUCGAGUCGUCCAAUUCGAUCUGUAAUGAUACUCGUGAUUAAACAAAUCGGACUACCGCGUAAAUCACUGAUAUGAGAUACAGAACGAAUUAGACUCCAUUUAGUCCUGUUACCUUUAUUAAUUAAUAUCAAGAGAGGAUAAAGGGGACAGAGAAGGCAUCCUCCGUACACACCCUAUUCCAUAGGUAAAUCGUCUCGAGUUAUUUUUAAGACCACAGAUCCCAAGGGGGAUUAAACAACAGCCAAUCACGUAGCGCGAAUGUGUUCCGCGUGGAUGACCCACGCUCUGAGCCAAGCGUCCUUCACGAAUUGAGGAAGAAAAAAAUGGCGGAAGACGCGGAGAGCGAUAUUGCUAUUCGUUUUGUCGACGAAAACGACUAAAGAGAGAUUUCUGCUAAAGCUCUGUCAACGAAACGGAAAUUUAAAAAAAACCUCCUUCCUCUCUGCUAACAGUACAGCAGGGAAAUCCUUAACAUACUGAAUAUUCUCUCAGGAUCAUUUAUAAUUUACAGUUUGAAGAGAGCAAUUUCUGGUUUGAUAUUUAUUGUUUCAUUAGUCUUUUAUUAUUCAACAAAAAUAACACUUAGUGUCCUAUAAUAAUAAUAAUGAUAAUGAUAAUAAUAAUUUAAUAACUUCUAGAGCGCUAUUUACAUUCACUGAUCAACAGCGCUUAACAACUUAAAAAAACUAUAAUAAAAUUCAAAUUUGUAAAACUAGUUACAUGUACAUGAAUAUUACUUGCUACUUGCUUUAUUGUACAAACGACCGGUUUGAAUAGACCGGCGAAAUUUCUCAUUUUGUUUAAGCACUGAGGUUACGAUAACUUCGAGUUGAACUGAUUUCACGGGUUGUCAAAGAGUCGAGCAAUUCCCUUUUCCCAGGUGAGCGCCGACUCAUUUCGCUUCAAUAUUCAGAAAUGCUCUCAACCUCUUUACGCUUUCAUUGCCUUUCGCCCGACAUGUUUUGCACGUUUAGUCAUGCGAAACCUCCACGAAACAUCCACGCAGCGCGCGAGGUAACUUUAUCCCGAUUCUAAAAAUAACUCGAGACGAAUUAUCUAUGGAAUAGGGUAUGUAUGGCGGAUGCCUUCUCUGUCCCCUUUAUCCUCUCUUGUUAAUAUACAAUAGCAUUUAGGAGUUUUUUUCCAUCACUCUUUCCGAAUUUCCAAUACUUUUUCUUUCUGUUGGUCUUUUAGUACACUUCGUUCGAAUUUUUUAAAGAAAGUUAACGAUAAAAAACGUUGCAUUACACGUCAUCAUUGGAAUUUGCCGAUCGAAAUCACUUUCUCAAGCUAUAUUAUACAAGAGGAGAUUUCUCCGGAUUCAUAAAUGUGUCCGGACUUAUUACAUUUAGCAAUAGGGUAUUCGGACUCGUAGGCGUUUACACACAUCAGCCAAUCGGAGAACAUUAAUUCGUACUGUUCACUUUAGCUUGCGGAUUCAUAUUUCUGGACACGCGACCAAACCGGGAUGUUUUUAUUUCGAAUUCAGGCAGUCAAGCUAGCGUAGACCUAGCCUCAAGCUUUAUGCGUGUAUCCCUGACCUAUUUGACGAAAUCGCUCUUAUAUCAUUCAUCGCCUUCUUCGAACGAUUUCUGCCUCCUGCACAAAACAUACACUACAGGUAACUUUCCACAAAAGUGAUAAGGUCGCAAGAGAUACAGAUAUUGUGUCCCUCCACCGCACACAUACAAGGUUAAUUUGCGUCGUCUAUAUAACCUUUCUAGUGUCAUACAUUUUGAAAGUGAAAUCCAAUUCUUUUUGUUAACAUUUGUUUAUUAGGUGUUUGGUGUAUUUUCUCCAAUUUCUCCUCGGAUGGACACUAGUUUCUGUAGGUUUGGAAAAUCAUAUUUCUUCACCUGUAGACCACAGUUCAAGGUAAGCUUAGCGAUAAGAUCGAAAACUAAAUAUAUUGUUUAGUGUUUCAUCUGGCGGACGACCAUCCCUUUCUACCAGCGUCGUUUCUGCACCUACACACGAGACCAUUUAGAAGUUUUUCAGUUUAUCCAAGCAGUAUACAGGACGCAUGUCAAUAAAUCUACUGACCGACUCAGCUCUCAAACGACUUCUCCCAUAAAGUAAAUUUGUGGUAUGGUUUUUGAGGGCUCAGACAUUUUCCUUGUCCCAUUCCUUGUCCCAAUUGCUCUUUUUUCCUGCAUCACUGUAACUCUUUAAAAACACGCGAUAUUUAUUAGCUUCAAGACAGUCUCGAAUUCUGGAUAUCGGUUUCUUUGUAAAUGGAACUUGGAUUCCGGAUUCCAAUGGUUAGCGCGAUUCCGGUUUCCUUGAGCUGUAAUUUCGGAUUCCAAAACCCAGGAUUCCAAAUUCCACCAGAUAAAAUUCCCGAAUUCCGGAUUGCAGAAGCAAACAUUUCGCGGAUUCCGGAAUCCGGAUUCCCUUGCCUGGUAAAAGUUAUGUUCAUUAUCGGAGCCCAAGUAGUCUUACCCUAGGUUCCAGAGGAUAUUUUUUUCUUAUCGAUACAAAUGUUUCGCGGCGAUGCCGCGUCAACAAGGCGCGAAGCGCCGAGAGACGUCAACGAGCGCCGAAAGAAACAAAGUCCUCUCGGGAGCUCUAUCAAACCAUAAGCACGGUUUAUUUCAUCCUAGGUAUUUUAAGGUGACUCGAGCCAGUUAUUUUGUGAGGGUACCAUCCUACUUUGAAGUUCUCUGGUAUCCCCACCUUUACUUUGAUCUUAAGUCUAACAUAUAGCAUGGAUAACACAUAGAUCAAUGUACAAUAUAACAUAAAAUUUUUGGCGAUCGGAGUAAAUGUCACGUGGUUAUAGUGCCACGCCUCUCUGGUGUCUGAGUCGAAAUUCUGCUGUUGCCGGCAUUUUUUCGAGAAAAUCUCUCGACUACAUAUAGUUCGCAUCAGUGCCUUGCGUGAAAUUCAGCGGUUUCCAAAUUUAGGUCAUAAUUUAUGUGAAAAUGAUGAGCGAACUUUACACGAUUAUAUCUAAUAAACUAUGAGAUUUAACCCUUUAUUUUGUGGAUCUUUAUAACAGAUGGGUCCUUGCAAGUCAGCAAAAAGCUUUAGGGACUUGUAAAUGCGCGCGAUUUGGAGCAAUGCAAUCAUAUAGAAUUAUAGUUUUAGCUAUUUGUUGACGUUUGUCAGCGUUUAAGAGUGCUUCUCACGAAAAAAUCAUUUUCUUAAAAAUUCGUAGUUUUUUUUCCUUCAGAUUUUUUCAGGGCCACAAUUGAUUAACUAACUACCAGGAUUCUGAAUUACAUGGCGAUUGAAAAAACUGUGACAUUAUCUUCUAUAAUUCCAAACUUGAGUAAACAUUGAAGAUUUUUAGCGUUUUGACUGAGUUUGUCCUUUGGGAGUUUUCUAUUGUUUCUAUUCUGUCAUGAUACAACAUUCUUGUUCAGCACGCGUGCAAUGACCGCGCUUGGCUGACUUCCGAGUGCUCACCGAGAUAUGAUAAUUCAGUAUAAGAAAAUAGAAGGGAUUCCCGUCGCGUAACGUCUCCAGCCAGCUGAGUAUAUACGUCAUGCCGUCAUGCAGUUAAUCAAUUGUGGCCCUGAAAAAAUUUGAAGGAAAAAAAACUACGAAUUUUUAAGAAAAUGCUUUUUUCGUGAGAAGCACCCUUAAAUGCUGACAAACGUCAACAAACAGCUAAAACUAUAAUUUCUAUAUGUUUUCAUUGCUCGAAAUCGCGUGCAUUUACAAGUCCCUAAAGUUUUUUGCUGACUUGCAAGGACCCAUCCGUUAUAAAGAUCCCCAAAAUAAAGGGAUAAAUCUCAUAGUUUAUUAGAUAUAAUCGUUUAAAGUUUACUUAUCAUUUUCACAUAAAUUACGACCUAAAUUUGGAAACCGCUGAAUUUCUCGCAUUGGGUCUUUGCGAUUUUGGUGAAACUCUGUUCAACGCAAGGCACUAAUGCGAACUAUAAGUAGCCGAGAGAUUUUCACGAAAAAAUGCCGGCAACAGCAGAAUUUCGACUCAGACACCAAAGAGGCGUGGCACUAUAACCACGUGACCUUUACUCCGAUCGCCAAACAUUUUAUGCUAUAUUGUAGAUUAAUCUAUAUGUUAUCCAUGCUAUAUGUUAGACUUACGAUCAAAGUAAAGGUGGGGAUACUAGAGAGCGUCAAAGUAGGAUGGUACCCUCACAAAAUAACUGGGUCGAGUCACCUUAAGAACGGACUUCUGGAGGCACAAUAACGUAGUCUCACAAUAUCACAUGUAAUUAGAGAUACAGGUAUCUACAUUGGCUUGGUUCUUUUUGUAGAUUUAUCCAUGCCGUGGAAGAAAUUCUUACUACAUGACGGGAGAUGCAAAUGGACUUGCCUUCGGAAGCAGUGAGUAAGUGCUUUUCUUUUCACUGUUUUUAUAUUUAAUGGCACUCUUCCCUUCCGGAUGUUGACAAACAAUACGUAUACUAUACUAUUUUGUUUAUGAAUUUAAUAAUGAUUUGUAAAAUACAUCAAUGAAAUAAAACUUAUUUAAAUCGACAAAGCAAUGAUCUUCAGUCUAUCUCUAGUUGAGUUAUGUGUUGCUCAACCGAGUCGUUCCAAGGGCACGGGUAGGAACGAACCCUGGGAACGAGGUUGUGUGUUGAUGAGUUCAUGUCUUUUAUAUUAAAACCCUUAUUCGAUUGACUAUUUUCAUUUUUUUUGUGUCUAACUGCCUAAACCUCAACCCGCCUUUGUUCUUUGGGCCUUUAAGUUGGUCCAAAACUGCCCACAUUGCUAAAUGCAACAUUUGGAUCUGUCUUUUGAUUUUAUAACAGCUUUACAUGACUUCGAAGGACUUUUAGGACCAACAGCCUGUUCUAUUAUGUUGUGUUAUGUUAGAAAAAAUAUGAUGGGUCUGUUCACGCGACGAAGUACCAAGAACGCUUUUCAAAAGUCAGAACUGGCCGACCAGAUGUCUGAGUAAUUGAAACGUAAAGCAUAAGUCUUUUCUCGAAAUUUUUUCUGUAAUCAUACGAGUGAUUAACAAAAUCGCGGGAGUCCGAUUUGUUUAAUCAAGGGUAUGAUUACAUACCGAAUUGGACGAUACAAAUCGAAGUUCUGUUACAAAUUUAUCAUAAUCAUUACAAUUUUCGAGAAAACAAAUGCAUUUUGUUUUUGUGAAAGAGCUUUUAAUACCAAUUAUCCAAAAUUAGGGAAAAUAUCAAAGAGACAUUGUGUAAUGUUACAAAUUCGUCCAUUUUUGCUUUGGUUAUUGUGAUAAAUUCUGCCAUUAAAGGUGUCCGAUUACAGUCAACUGUCCGAUUACAACCCUACACAAUGAUUGAUGAAAAAUAAAGCCGUCAACGCACCAAUCAAAUUUGAGGAAAUUGUAACGGUUAUGAUUAAUAAUGGAAUUCUCUUUUUGAUCGGGCUUCUCUAGUCAGCCAAACCUUACAAAUAGUAAGCGCCCCUAGUAUGCUGACGCGAGGACAUAAAGAACGGAUGCGUUGAAGACUAUGAAGUACCUUGAUCACUAUUAAAUGUUUGUUAAUUUUCAGAGGGAAAUUUGGGCUUUGGUUAGACAGUGAUCUGUAUCAUGGUAGAAGCACUGCCUGCGAAACUUAUGACAGCGAGAUGCUUUCCGCCACCGAGGAUUUCAUUUGUCUUGGCGUUGAAGUCUGGACUUUUGGCUAG